GUGGAGUCAGGUCUUCACAGAACGAUGCUCAUAUACUUGCACAUUCAUGUUAUAUUGAGUGGGAGAACGUGGUUUUUAAAAAAAACAACACAUUGAAUUUGUUUCCUGUUUACGAUGGAGAGUAUAAAACUUGUGCCAUAAUUGUAUUUGUAGCACUGGAACAAUAUCGUUUACUUGACAGUUCGAAUCACGUAUUUGCAUGAUGGAAAAAGCGGGCCAUGAAAACCCACCGAGCGAACAGCCAGGCAGUCAGCAGCAGCAGCAGCAACAGCAACAACAACAACAAUCACCGCCGUCCUACACUCAGCAGCCACUAAAUGUCGGACAGCCACAAGUCUAUCAGCAACACGGUGGCUACGUUCAACAAGGCUAUGGCGCAACGUCUGGGCAGGGUGUGGUUUUAGUCCAACCUCAGCCGACAGCCUUAUAUGUGCCGAUAGUGCAUCAGCCUUCGGACUAUAUGGUGCCUUCAAUUUUUGCGUGUUUGUGUUGCUUCUGGCCAACUGGGAUCGCCGCCAUUUAUUUCUCGAUGGAGACGAGGACUGCAAUCGCUAAUGGUGACAUGACGAAAGCCAACCGGUACUCGGAGUAUACCCGGAAUCUAAUGAUCGGCAGCGUGGUUCUUGGUCUUGUCUGGAUCAUCAUUACCAUCGCGGUGGUUGCAACCAAUGCCGCAAGAGCAGUUUGUUAUUAUGGUCAUUGCUAAGAUGACUCACCAGAGAUGUUUUGGAUAGAUGAUCGCGUGUGCGAGAGAUUAAGAGUGCCGACUGCGGAUCAAUAUUCGAAAAUCUGAAUCUUUUAAGUUCAUAUGAACCUCGUUCUGGAAAUACUUGGCUUUAUGUAUGUGCAUAAAGUAUCGACCCAGAUUAGCCUGUGAACUCCGCACAAGCAAAUGAGUGACGACACUUUCGCCUUUAAUAUAAUUCUUCUCUGAAAAAGAGUCUCUUCUAAUCCAAAAUCCAGUUAAGGCGGCAAGUGUCAUCCUUAUUAGGCUAUGUGGGCUGCACAGGAUUAUUUGAGAUGACACUGUGCAUAUGCAUAACGUCUUAUAUUCCGAGAACAAUAUUCAUAUUAUGUCGAUUAUGUUAUAUUGAACAAUAAUUUCAGUAACGAUGUUUGGAUUGUAGACAAGCAUGUGUCAGUGACCAGUUACUCGUCAGAUUCACGUUUCUGAGCUUACACAUGCGAUGUUUUAUUACGAAAUACAGCGGACUUUCAAAUUUUACUGCCGGCUUUUAUCGUACACUAAAAAUGAAGAAGCACCAUAUACUCUACGUAUCAUUUUUAAAUCGUAUGCUUGUGUUAAACUUUCUUACCGGCAAUUACAUUUAUUGCAUGCCGUCUGUCAUCAAGAGUUUUUGGCAAUAGUUUACUGUUUAAAUAACGUAACAAAGCAUUAUACAAAUUGUGUGUGUUAAUGUUCUUAUAUAAUACACGUUAUUAGAUCUCAAAAGAUUUGUAUUUAUGUAUCUUCUUGCGCUGUUUUUAAAACCACGAGUUGGUUCACAAUGUUAAUGCUUUAUUGAAGGAUUUAUGAGAACCAUAGAUAAAUGUAUAGGCAUCAUAAGAAUAUGAUGUAAUUGCGUAUUCUUCUUUGUCAAUUUAUAUUCUCUUUAUUUGAGUGCAUUUCCUAAUUUCAAUCGCUAGUAUCUAUGGAUAUAUAUGUAUGUGCUGAAAUAGGAUAUGUCUUAUUAUAGAAAGAUCUGACAAAACACCGUUAAAUCAGUUUUCAUUUUCCAUAUAAUUGAAAAGUGUUAUCCAGUUUUUCAACACUGGUCCAAAACAUAAACAAUCAAACACUUGUUUAAUAAAGCAGAAUGAUAAAGUAUCGAACUCUUUUUUGAAAUCGAUUAGCAUCAGUUGGCAAGGGAUUAUUUUGCAUUUAGUAUAUAUCAUAAUAUCAUAUAAAAAUAGUCGUGUACCAUCCCCCAUGCACAUGUCUUUAAUAAAAACUAGUUUGGUAAUUGUUUAAUAAUUCGUUAAAGAAUAACUUAGUUGUUUUAUCUAUCAUCCUUGAUGCUAGUAAAUAUACUGUGUUUAACGAGCCGAAUGUCUUAAAUAUAUGUGUUUGCUUUCCCUCAUUUUGAUAAAUCUUAUUAUUUGCUGUUUCUGAAAGUGACCCCGUAUUAUAAAAACACAAAUGCUUCACGAAGACAACUCAUUUUUUUUUCAAAACACUUUUAAGAAAUUUGCAAGGAAUCGGAGCCUGGGCUUUUGUCUUUUUUUCAUUUGUUUAAGAGUAACUGACACCCUGUGUACAGAAAGAAUACCAAGUUACAUGUCCGCUUUUAAACUAGUUACUUUUUGCAAAUCGUUAUGUUUACAUUCGUGUUUGGGAUCACAGUUGGGUUGUUUUGAAUAUUGUAGUUUGUGAAAAGCAGUUUGCUUUCUUAAGAAUAUUUUCACAUUCAUAUAUUAAUGUUCCAUGUUCUUUCUGAAUGCAAGAUAUAUUUUUUUGAUUUUUUUUUUAAAUUGCAAAACAACUUAGUAGGUUUUCUCCAUAAUCGUACCGGUCUGAAAGGGAACGUUUAAAAUUGCCUUCCUUAUUUUCCUGCUUAUAGUUUCUAAUUAAAUUCUAAGUUCCCAUAAUAUUUACUCAUUUUCCUCAGACAGUGAUUUCUCUAAUAUUUCACUGCUUUUAUAUUAAUUGACUUUUUUUGUUCUUCUUGAUUUUGCGUUGUGGCUUGAAUAAAAAUGUAUUGCCUCUAAUAACCAUUUAGAGUGCUUCUAUCAUUCUAUGAAAAGUUGAUUAUUUAUGACAAACUGUUUUUGACAAUCAUCAAUAUCAUUUUAAGUGUCUAAGUUUUAUAUAGGAAUACUAUGUUGCCGGUUAAUAUUAUCUAUCGAUAUUUUAAUCAAUGAAACAUGAUCUUUGAGAUAGCAAUGAGUUAUAAAAUUUCCAUAAACCUUUCCGUGUAUAUUUGUAUCAAAUUUUAUAACCAUGAACAUAAUAGAAUGAUUUGAUGCUUUGCUUGUUUGUAUUUGAGCAUUAAAAAAUAUUCAAUAAAUGAUCUGUAAUAAGGAAAAGGUCCAGACGGCCCUGUUGCAAUGGUUUAAUACGUCUCUAUGUGUAUCCUUUUUCUAACCGUUGAUAUCUAACGGUUAGAUCUAAGUGUCCAUUUUAACUACAACUCUAAUCACAAGUCUGUUUGUAUAUUUUGACUACUUGUAUGUGUAAACUUAAUACAAUCUAAAAAUGGUCAAUCACUAUAUUGAAUACUCCACAUAUAAUAUUCAUCGUAUUACGAAUUUUAUCGAUUGUAUCAAAGACUUGCUUAUAAAAGGCCCGAUUUUCUGCAUUUUCGCCGAAUACAGUUAGAAAUGUGAAUUGUUUAAAACGGAAAUGAAUCAUUUUUCCAUAA